AGAGGGCUGCUUUCUCUGCCCUGGAUGGGCUAAUGGAGAGGAACUGUUCUCUCAUUCAGGAGAUAGAGCAAGAGCUGGCCAGACUCACUGUGGCACUGGACCAGACAGACACAAAUCCUGAUAUAAUGUCUUUCUUUUCAUCCUCUGAGCAACAUGACAUGGACACGGUGAACAGAGUGAUGGAUUUGCUAAACAGGACAGACCCAAGCAGUGUGAGCCUGGACGAGGCUAAAGCUGAACAGAUUCUCAGUCUCACCAACAACAUGCUUGUGCUCAUCUGCUCACAAACCCCUAUAAUCAAGAAACUCGUCAAUAGUUAUUCCAGUGAGGUGUGUCUGGAUCCAGAGACAGCCCACCCAAAGCUGAUCAUAUCCUCCAAAGGUGAUAGUGCCACCUACACAGACACCUGGCAGCAACUUCCUAACCUCCCUGGACGCUUUGACACCACCCUCAACGUCAUCAGCUCGCAAGGCUUCAUCUUUGGUCGCCAUUACUGGGAAAUUGAUGUGGCUGGGAAGACUUACUGGGAGCUAGGUGUCACCUAUCCCACCAUUCCCCGCAAGGGCACCACUGAGGAAUGCUGGCUGGGCCGGGGGGAUGAAUCUUGGUGUGUGGAGUUCUUUGAUGGGGAGUAUACAGCCUGGCAUGGAGGAGUGCCACAUCAGCUGCCUUUCACAAAACACUUCUGUCGGAUUGGUGUUUUGUGUAGUUUUCCUGCAGGAUUGGUGACAUUUCUUGAAGCAGACAACAUGAUGCCACUGUUCUCCUUCUGUGCCGCAACCUUCUCGGACUGCCUCCACCUGGCCCUGUGUCCUGGGCAUGACCACAGUGGCACAAAUGCAAAGCCUAUUGUAAUAUGUAAUACUUCUUCUCCUACCAGUGAUCUCUGAUUGGUAGCUCCACAGACGUUUGUAGUAAUUCCUUGCUAAGACACCAGUUAUGUACAGUUUGUAGAUAUGUAGGU